AUACAAACAUAAUAAUUUUUUUGUUUUUAUUGUAUAGAUUUAAGUUUUAAACCAUAAUAUCCAAAAUGGGUGGAGCUGUAAGUGCCGGUAUAAACAAUGAUGAACUUGUGGAUAAUCUUGUUGCUGCAGAUUAUAUUAAGACUGUAAAAGUAGAAGAAAUAUUUAGAGCAGUGGACAGGGGGGAUUUCUACAUACAGAAUUACAGGGAGAAUGCAUACCAUGAUAUGGCAUGGAAGCACGAUCAUAUCCACAUUUCCGCACCAUGUAUUUACUCUGAGGUGAUGGAAGCUUUAUCUUUACGCCCAGGAGUGUCAUUUCUCAACAUUGGGAGUGGUACUGGAUAUUUAAGUACAAUGGCGGGACUUAUGUUAGGCUGCAAUGGAAUAAACCAUGGGAUUGAAAUACAUGAAGAUGUUGUACAAUAUGCACAGGAACGAGUAGAAAACUUCAUGAAGGCCUCACCGGCUUUUGACAGAUACUCAUUUUGUGAACCAGAAUUUGUGAUUGGCAACUGCCUAGACCUCUCUCCAGAUGUACUUGGAUAUGACAGAAUCUACUGUGGCGCUGGAUGUCCCAUCGACCACAAAUCUUUUCUUACAAAUUUGUUGAAUAUUAACGGGAUACUUGUGGUCCCGCUUAGUGAUCAGCUUCAAGCUAUAACAAGAACCGGACAAACAACAUUUGAAUCAAAAACAAUUCUUCCCGUUAACUUCGCCACUCUUGUUAUUCCACAAGAACCAAAAAGUUUGAGUCUUCUGCCAUCCAGAGGUCCACCAUUACUACAAGCAAUCUGUAGAGCUUGUAUUCGAAGAGUAAUAAGUGAGAAGUAUCACUCGGGCUCAAACAGAAAACACAGAAAACGCAAGAAAACAAAUGUUCGAGUUACCCGUAACUCAAAAAGCACCAAAGAAUUAUUAUCGGACUCAUCAUCUGAUAGUGAGGAUUCUGAUGACGACAAACCAGAUGCCGCAGGAGAUCGUUGUCAUUCACCCCAACCUGUAGGCACUUCUUCCAAUAAUAAUGAAAGUAGCAACCAUGACUUGAAUGUUGAAAGAAGACGAAAUCUUCUUCUUAACGUUAUGACCAACACAGUUAUGUCGGUCCGUGAUACAAAAACACAAGACACAUCAACAUCCAAUGCUCCUGCAUCCUCCAACCAAGAGCAAAUGGAUGUUCAAAAUUCCAGCUCCGAUUCAGGGAAGUCAGAAAAGCAAAAAAACGAAGCAAAAACCAAACGAGUUAAACGAAGUUUCAACCCGUUCCUAAGACUUCGACACAGAAGUCGAAAAACAACAACAAACACUGAAGGCACAAAUGUCGAAAGUGCUGAGAAAAUUCGUAAAGUAACAAACCCAACUACAAACCAGAAUGACUCGAAUACAACAAAUACAACAGAUGCUACAAAUGCAACCCGUAAGUUGGGUUGGGACGUCACCACCACUACGACCAACAUAGACAUCCGAGUUGACUCGGACGCGAUUUGUUUAUAUUCUUUCCUCAAUGAGAUGACGGACCGCCGCAGGGGUUCUUCCGGACCCUCCAGCAUCCUCCUGGAGUCUGUGGGAGACCGCAACAGCUCCAGGAAGAGAGAUACCAGCUCAGAAUCCGAGGGUUACGAGACUGACGACCUAAAUCCAUCGCUGCAAGCCUUCCGAAACGCGAUACUAGAUUUACCAGUGCCUAAUGCUUUGUCAUGCUAUUUGCUUUAUUACCGCUGAGUUGCAAUAUACGUUCAGUAUUUCGCUUUUUUUGAAAACUGAUUUAUUGUAGGGUGGGGGGAGAUGGAACACUUUUUCGUUCCAUUUUCUUGCCCUAUUUCGUAGUAAAUCGUAUUCUCACGACCCCCACAAGACCGUUGUUAAUUCUUUAAAACACGAUCAAGAUAUUUUUACGUGCUAAAGGUGUCCCAUCUUACCCCACAGAACUAUACCUUUGUUGUACACACUCUAAUGUUCUUUUCAAAAUCCCGUUUCACAAAAUCUUUUGAGCUCAAAUAGCGCUGUUUAGUUCAAUACGUAUGCUGGUAAUAUACGAUAGCUUUAUACAUCGCUUAUGCAUGCUAACUGCGUAACAAUUUUUCAAUUUGCUACUUUCUUAUUUUUCGUGUAAAUAAUAUUCAUUUUGCUGAUCAUG